UGCCGUCCGUCCCGGUCACGUGGGCGGCAAGAUGGCGGCCCCCAGAGGGCUGUGCGAGCGUCGCGGUCGGUGAAGCGGUGGUGGCAGCUGCGGGCUGGGUUGGUCCGGUAGGGCCUGCGAUCCGGGAGCUUGCUGCGGUGUUCCGGCGGCAGGGAGCAUCGGGUUCUGGCAGAAUCAACCUGUGAGGGAUCCAAUACUCGGAGAUCCAUAUAAACAGGUCUAGGGACAUCCAGUUACUGAGGGUCUCUUGCAAGGAGCUUUGGGGAGCCGGUCGUCGCUGGGGGAGCCUGCAAGCAGCCCUGAGACACACCUUCGCAGGGGUGAGGGAACCCUCAGAUUCUGCCUUGGUCGGGAGCUGAUCCCCUCUACCCCGCGUCCACAGUUUUUUCCUCUUUUCUACUGAAAAAUGGGUCAAAGGUGUGAGUAGCGGGCUUCCAGGUGGCUAGGCGUACCCUCCCUCGUCCUCCUGAGCAUAGAGGUGGGUGUUGGCUCCCUGUGGAAAUAUUUAAUACUAGCUCUGGUUUAUCAAGUGCAUACUAAGUACCAGUGGUGGUACUAAGCAUUCUAUUAGCAUAAUUUCAUUCACAGCAACUCUGAAGUCCAUGUGCCCCUUACACCCAUUUUACAGAUUAAACUGGUUUAUACUGUGUAUAAAGUUCUUCGCACUGUACCUGGCAAGCAGUGGAUGGUCAGUUCAUUCUACAGCAUUUAUUAAGUGCCUGCUGCAAUACACAGGACAUCACUUGCUGUCAGGAGCUAUGGAGAACAGUAAAGUAGCUUGGAAAGCAGGGUGGUCAGAAAAGGCCUCCCCAAGAAGGUUUAAACAAUAGUAAAUACUACCUCCCAUGGUUUCAGUAGGCCCGGGAUCUGGCCUGGUUUAGCCUGGUGGCUGUGGUUCUAAUCUCUCGUGAGGCUGCAGUGCAGACACUGGCUGGGCUGCAUCAUCUGAAGGCUGGACUGGGGCUGGAGGGGCUGCUCCCAACGUACUCUCACGUGGCUGCUGGCAGGAGGCCUCAGUUCCUCAGCAGGUCCUGGGAGUCCCCUGGUUUAGCCUGAGCCUGGUGGUAGCAGGAGAAAGGUGGCAACGGCACCAUGGUGACAGAGCAGGAGGUGGAGACGGUCGGGCGGACGCUGGUGGACCCCCAGCAGCCCCUGCAGGCCCGCUUCCGGGCGCUCUUCACGCUGCGUGGGCUCGGCGGUCCUGAAGCCAUUGCCUGGAUCAGCCGGACCUUCGGCGACGACUCGGCCCUGCUCAAGCACGAGCUAGCCUACUGCCUGGGCCAGAUGCAGGACUCGCGGGCCAUCCCCGUACUGGUGGACGUGCUGCGGGACACCCGCCAGGAGCCCAUGGUGCGCCAUGAGGCAGGGGAGGCCCUGGGGGCCAUCGGGAACCCGGAGGUUCUGGAGCUUCUGAAGCAGUACUCCACCGACCCUGUCAUCGAGGUGGCUGAGACGUGCCAGCUGGCCGUUCGGCGGCUGGAGUGGCUGCAGCAGCACAGCGGGGAGCCAGUGGCGCAGGGGCCCUACCUCUCCGUGGACCCAGCUCCGCCCGCCGAGGAGCGCGACGUGGGGCGGCUGCGGGAGGUGCUGCUGGACGAGGCCCGGCCGCUCUUCGACCGAUACCGAGCUAUGUUCGCCCUGCGGGACGCGGGGGGUGAGGAGGCUGCCCUGGCGCUGGCCGAGGAGCCGCGCCCGCGAACCGCGCUGAUUCCGCCGCCUCCGGCCGCUUUUGCGCCUUGA